AUGAGGCCAUUGUACAUUUCGCCACCGCUUCUAAAUUCUGCGAAUCCUUGGUGCACAACUUUGGAGCAACUUGAAGAACUAUACAACAGUUCGUAUACCGGUGCCGUCACCACACGAACAUCUCUUAUCAAUGGUUUCCCUCACAAUCCCAACAUCCACCAAUUCACCUUUUAUAACCCAAAAACUCUAUCUGCCUCCGAGCCCAACAAAGACCAAGCACGCACUCAGGACUCCACGGGUAGUCUCAACACCCUCGGCUACUCCCCCAUACCUUUGCAAGGUUAUCUAGACUUCAUCAGCACUAUCAACUCUGGCCUAAGCGACCUAAAAGAAGGAUGCCACUACAAGCCCUUUGUGAUAUCCGUCACCGGAUCCGUCGAAGAAGUAAUCGAAUGCUACAAGCUCAUCUCAUCGCAUCAGCGAAGCGUGCGCAUGGUACUCGCUAUGGAGGUGAACCUCUCUUGUCCGAAUAUACCUGGCAAACCGCCACCAGCAUACUCUUCCCCUUCUUUGCUCAAGUACCUCGUGGCCCUGAAGAAGAAAUUAGGAAGCCAGUUGGAGCCACUUGAAUCCUCACAUCCACAUGAGGGACAUGUGCAUGUGCCAAUUGGUAUCAAGACACCGCCUUAUACGUACCACGACCAAUUCCAGGGGCUGAUUGAUGCGUUGUUGGCGAGUGCCAAGGCGGAACCAGUGCACCUCCCUUGUCCGAUAUCGUUCAUUACUGCUACAAACACGUUGGGCUCAUCACUCUUGCUGGCGCCGACUACCGAGAAUGCGUCUGGUGCGUCUCACUCUGUUUUCCAUCAUACGCUGGAGUCUGCAAACGGGACGGGGAUCGGCGGGCUGGCUGGCGCCCCGUUGCAUCCCUUGGCGCUAGGCAAUGUGUAUACGAUCAAGGGCAUGCUGUUCCAACACAAGGAGCUUGAGCAGAUCCAUAUCAUCGGCGUGGGUGGGGUGGAGGAUAUGGAUGGGUAUAGUCGUAUGCGGGCAGUGGGAGCAGCAGCUGUGGGUGUUGGGACUGCGUUGGGAAGGAAGGGUGUCAUGGUGUUCGAGGAGAUCGGGGCGAUGUUGGGGAAAAGCUCGAUAUCGUAA